GUAACAGGUGGAUUCCAUUUUCAUUCUUGAAGAAAAAAAUAAAUAAAACGAUUAGAAACAAUGCGCAAUGUCGUUAAUUCGAGUGUGAUUUUUUGUUUAAUUUCAAGUAAAUUCUAAAAAUAAAUCAUGGAAAAUUUAGUACAUACUCGCACUACGGUCUACCUCAGUUCCAGUAUGGACGCUAGAUCGCGUAUACGGAAUUGGUGGAAAAGACUCAGAUUAAAAAAUGUGUUGCAACAUCUUGGAUUGUUGGUAUUCUUGAUGGUAUACACCGUAGCUGGAGGUCUAAUUUUCAGACAUUUCGAGUACCCAGCAGAAAUAUCUAGAGUGAGGUAUUUCCAAUCAGCUGUGCACGAGAAGAGGCAAUAUUUAUUAGAUUUGAUAAUAAAUAAUAACACGUACAUAGCAGAUUUAGUGUCUAGUGAAUUAGUUGAAUACGAGAGAAUUUUAGAAAACUCAUUCGAGGCUGGAAUAACGAAAUUUUCAAAUGAAGAAACUGAAAGAUGGUCUACAUUAAAAGCUGUUUUCUUUUCUUCCACAGUACUCACAACAAUAGGUUAUGGUCAUAUAGUUCCCAUGACAACGGAAGGCCGCGCUUUCUGUAUGGUAUUCGCUCUUAUCGGCAUACCGUUGACAUUGACAGUUAUCGCCGAUUGGGGACGUUUAUUCGCCAGUACAGUAUCAACAGUUUUCAAACAUAUCCCACCACUACCGCCUAGAUUCAGGAGUUUAAUGGUUGCAAGAAGGACUUCGUCGUACGCAUUCAGCGCCAUCUGUUUUUUGUUUCUUUAUUUGGCGGUAGGUGCGGGACUUUUUGUAAUAUGGGAAGAAGAUUGGACAUUUUUCGAAGGAUUCUAUUUCUGUUUUAUAACAAUGACCACAAUUGGAUUCGGAGAUCUCGUACCAAAACAACCCAAAUAUAUGUUACUAUGUACUUUGUAUAUUCUUGUGGGGUUAGCGUUAACCUCAACAAUUAUAGAACUAGUACGGAGACAGUACGCGCAUUCUUGGAGACAGUUACAAGCACUAAGAGGACCUUUAGCUGAAAAUUUUAGAAAAUUAGCCGAAAACGCUCCAGGGUUGGACAUGCUCGCCUUCCAACAAGAUCUCAUGAAAGUCCUCACAGUUGUUACGAUGCCGAAACUUACUGGAGGUAAAAGAGGAAAGAAAAUUAAGGAUAAAGAUUGGGAAAACGCAAUAGAAGCAGCGAUUCGAGAUCUAACGGCGAACGCAACGGAGCACAAACAGCAACCAGUUUUACAGAUCGUCAUAUACGAGAGUUCAGUAUAAAUAAAAAAAAAAUCUCACAUAAACUGAUUUUCCAAUUUUAAUAUUGAUGUUGGGAUAUUUCCUAAUAUCGUACGCUGUUGUUACAUUGAUUUUCUUAGGUUAUGUUCUAUUUCGCAGGUACAUAAAAGGUGAUAAAGUCAUUUUUUUCUUAUUACCUCUCAAUACAUACUGAAUAAGAACUUUAUAAUCAAUUAACCUGUAUAUAUACUAAAUUUGUUAACUUGUUAACGUUAACCUGAAUACGGUCCUGUUCAAUUUCAAGAGCAUGAAGUAUGAGGGUAAAUUGGGGAACUUUAAGAGUAGGUUAAGUUUUACAGUAAUUUUAAAAUUGUCUCUCUUCUUUUUUAUUUACAUUUUUAACCUUCAUCUUGAUAAUGCUUAGGCACUUUUGUGAAUAAUUUUGAGCACACAAAUUAUUACUAUGCCAACUUCAUUUCUAAAUGCCUAAAUUACGAUAGUCAACUACACUUUCUACAAUUCCAAGGGAGUACUAAAAGCGCAAGUAUUGUAGUUUACUAUGAAAUAAUAAUUAAAUUUUUAUUACAUCUUUGAGGAACCGCCGAUAGAUUGCGUCUAAUGGCAAACUAGUUGAAAAUUAAAAAAUACGACUGACAGUUCUUUUAUCACCGUAAUUGAAUUUUAUAAAAAAAGUUAGCAGAUCAUAUUUAUGAUUAUUAGUUUUUUUAUUUAGAAAGUUCGCUUACGACGCUAUCUUUCGUUAUUCAUAAAAAGUACAGAAUCCUGACGUAUUACAGUUAACUGUAAAUUAAUAAGAAUGAGCUUCGAGGUAUUAUCGAUAGACGGACUUCCACCCAAACCUAAAUUUAGUUGUUUUUUUAAGGAAUUUUAAUAAUUUAUACCUCUAUUUAAAAAUGAAAUUAUUGUAGCUUUUUUUCAAAGAUUUUCUUACCAGUACGAACUGAUUAAUAAGUUUUUGGAUAAACGUAUACAUAUAUAAAUUCAUUUUCUGGACAACUAAAUACUUAACUGAUUAUUUUGAUAGAUAAACUAUGGAUAGACUUCUCUACUUUAUUUUUUGUAGAAUUUCAUUUGUUAUUUGAUACAAAAAUAGAACAAAUCACUGAGAAAUUGUUAAUUUUACUGAUUUCUUUAUGUUAAUUAAUUGAAUAUAAUAAAAAUUAUAAUAGCAAUAA